GUAAAUCUCCGUGUAGGAAGUUAGAAAGAUCAUCUUAGGCUCUCUUUAAAAUGCCAUUGGUAAACCAGACUUCAUCCUGAAUUGCGCACUCCUGCAGGCCAUUUGAGCAUGAAAUGCUGUCCCCUAUGCGCGUUAACUUGCUGUGACACCUGUCCGGGCGCUAGUUGCCCGCUGCAUGCCUAGCCCACCAAAGCCUUCUGUCUGGACCGCGUCACUGGAGAAGGCACAGCGACAUGUCCAGGGCGCAGAUCUCAGCUCUGGUGUUCGGCGUCGGAGGGUUUGGAGCUCUCGUCGCGGCCACCGCGUCCAAUGAGUGGAAAGUGACCACCCGAGCAUCAUCGGUGAUAACCGCCACUUGGGUUUACCAGGGUCUGUGGAUGAACUGCGCAGGUAACGCGUUGGGUUCUUUCCAUUGCCGACCGCACUUUACUAUCUUCAAAGUAGAAGGUUACAUCCAGGCAUGUAGAGGACUUAUGAUCGCUGCUGUCAGCCUGGGCUUCUUUGGUUCCAUUUUUGCCCUGUUUGGAAUGAAGUGUACCAAAGUCGGAGGCUCAGAUAAAGCCAAAGCUAAAAUUGCUUGUUUGGCUGGGAUUGUAUUCAUACUGUCAGGGUUAUGUUCAAUGACUGGCUGUUCCCUGUAUGCAAACAAAAUCACAACGGAGUUCUUUGAUCCUCUCUAUGUUGAGCAGAAGUAUGAAUUAGGAGCUGCUCUGUUUAUUGGAUGGGCAGGAGCUUCACUCUGCAUAAUUGGUGGUGUCAUAUUCUGCUUUUCAAUAUCUGACAACAACAAACCCCCCAGGAUGGGAUAUGCAUACAAUGGUGCCACAUCCGUUCUGUCUUCUCGGACAAAGUAUCCUGGUGCAGAAGGAGAUUUUAAAACCACAAACCCUUCAAAACAGUUUGAUAAAAAUGCUUAUGUCUGAAAAGAGCACUGCUGCAAGCUGUCUUAUAAAAGUGAACUGUUCACACAAUGAUCCCCUCAAAGCCCUCCUCUAAUCCGCACUCAAACUAUUUUUAAAAUAUGAAUUUGGAGAAUUUUCUGAUUGUAUGGAUGUAAAUGUUCUAAUCAUUUUCUGUUGAGGCUUUCUAUAAAAAAAUAAACAGGUUAUUUACAGGA